AUGCAACACCCAGCUCUUGCAAUGCCCGAUGUGGAGACCAGCUAUGCGGCACUGGCCCGCGACUCCCUGAAGGCCGCCUCCAUGGAGCAUGGCUUGCAGACGACCGCUGUCUACUGGGAAGGUCAGAUGAACUCCUUCCGGGGCGUCUUCGGGCAGGCUACUUAUGGCCAGAAGUGGACUUGGAAGCUGGUGGAUGAUCGCAUCCGAUCGAUGUGGGGCUUGGAUGCCUGCGACGUGGCAAAAGACCCCUGCGUCUUCUAUGGGGAUCGUGGCUACUUCCGCAAGUACUAUGGCGACAAGGACAUCUAUGCGAUCGAGCCGACCAAGAAGAAAUUCAACUUCAGCUUCUUCCCCACCGGGACGGUGGAUCCGUUCAACAGGAAGGCAGCGGGGGAGGUCUCCCGCUCCGACAUCUUCGCGGCGGUGAUGCGCAGCGCGGUGGCUGUGGAUGUGGACUACAAGCUCGCAACCGCCUAA